UCAUUCAGAUCUGCCUUUUGCUUCCUGGGCUCGUUUGGUUGAUGAGGACCAUGCGGAGGGUGUUCUUCUGCUGCUUCAUUCUGUGCUCCUUCUUGGAAGAGACUCUGGGCAUCAUUAGGAGAUAUUACAUUGGAGCAGUGGAGAGAGACUGGGAUUAUGUGGCUGGCAACCAGAAGGGGGUGGCCUCCUCUACCUCCACCACUAGGUACAAGAAGGCCAUGUUUUUGGAAUAUGUGGAUUCGACGUUCACACAAGCGAAACCCAGGCCUGCCUGGAUGGGUCUUUUGGGCCCCACCAUCCAAGCAGAAGUUCAUGACACGGUAGUCGUCACUUUUAGAAACCUGGCUUCCCACCCUUUCAGUCUCCAUGCCACCGGGGUGUCCUACUGGAAGGCUUCAGAGGGAGCAGGCUAUGACGAUCAAACCAGCGCAGCAGAGAAAGAGGAUGAUGCCGUUGGACCUGGCCAGACCUACACUUAUGUGUGGGAAAUCUUUGAAGCCAAUGGGCCUACAGAGAGUGACCCCCAGUGUUUGACCUACGCAUACUCUUCCCGGGUCAACAGUGUCAAGGACACCAACUCUGGCCUGAUUGGGGCACUGCUAGUUUGCCUGCCAGGAAUCCUGGCAAGGGAAGGAACUUCGAGCCGGUUGCAGCAAUUUGUGCUGCUUUUUUCAGUGUUUGAUGAAGGAAAAAGUUGGUACUCUGAAUCCAACAGUCUAGGAACUACUUGGCCUCAGCUGCACACUAUCAACGGGUACAUAAAUUCUUCCUUGCCUGAUCUAAAAGUCUGCCAGAAGAAACCAGUCUACUGGCAUGUCAUAGGCCUGGGGACCAGCCCAGAAGUCCACUCCAUUUUCUUUGAGGGCCACACUUUCUUGGUGAGGCAUCACCGGCACAACACUCUGGACAUCUCCCCAUUCACUUUCUUCACAGCAGAGACCAUGCCCAGCACCAACGGCACAUUUCAAAUGUUCUGUCAAAUACCAUCUCACCAGCAAGCUGGCAUGGAAACUUAUGUCAAGGUGGAAUUCUGUCCUGAGGAGCUUGAGAAGAAGAUGCGGCUGGCAGAACAUGCGGCCAACGAGUUUUACGACAGCUAUGAGGAAGAUUACGAUACGGAAAGUAUUGUGAUCAACAUGGAUGUGCAGGAUUCUGGGCCCAGGCUCAAUAUCCGUAGCUUUGCCAAGCAGCAGCCCGUCACCUGGACGCAUUACAUUGCGGCUGAAGAGAUUGAAUGGGACUAUGCCCCAGUCCAGCCCACUUAUUUGAACAGUACAUAUACCAGGCAGUUCCUGGAACAAGGCCCCCAAAGGAUUGGCUCCAAGUAUAAGAAAGUGAUGUAUGUAGAGUAUGAAGAUCGGACUUUCAAGAGGCGGAAGAUGCCCCGUGAUCCUCAGAUGGGAAUCCUGGGACCUGCCCUCAAAGGAGAAGUUGGAGAUGAGCUUAAGAUCGUCUUCAAGAAUCUAGCCAGCCGACCGUACAACAUUUACCCUCAUGGCCUCUCAAGCGUCUCUUCCUACCAACCAACCAAAACUAAAGAUAUGAAACGCUUGGCCAUUCGUCCUGGCCAGCUGAUUGAGUACCGGUGGAAUAUAAUGCCUGAAGACAGCCCAACUAAAUCUGAUGCCCGAUGCCUAACUCGUUUCUAUUAUAGCUCCCUCAAACCUGUUCGGGACUUAGCCUCUGGACUUAUUGGACCUCUGCUGAUCUGCUUCAAAGAGACCAUGGACCAGCGGGGAAACCAGAUAAUGUUAGAUGACGCAAAAUUUGUGCUUUUUUCGGUCUUUGAUGAGAACCGGAGCUGGUACCUGCAGAGAAAUAUCAAAGAGUUCUGUGUUGAUGCCACCGGUAUCAACCCCCAGGAUCCAGAGUUCUAUGCCUCCAAUGUCAUGCACAGUAUCAAUGGCUACGUCUUUGAUAACCUACAUCUGAAUCUGUGCUUGAAUAAAGUGGUAUACUGGUAUGUCCUCAGUGUGGGUGCCCAAACGGAGUUCCUGUCUGUUUUCUUCUCUGGGAAUAUUUUUAAGCACAACACGGUCUUUGAGGAGACCCUCACACUCUUUCCACACUCUGGGGAGACAGUCUUCAUGGUGAUGGAGAAUCCAGGUAUCUGGAUGUUGGGGUGCCUGAACCCUGAAUUUAGAAGAAGAGGAAUGAGAGCAAAAUUCACCACUUCCAAGUGUGUCGAGGACAAUGAUAUUCCUGACGACUAUUAUGAUGAGUAUGGUAAGACAGCAGAUUACUAUGCAGUUGAAGAUUAUGAAUUACAACCAAGAGGCUUCUCCAAGAAAACAAGACGACCCAAACCAUGCAUAAAGAAGCAUCAGGACAACAAUGCCUCCUCUUCAGCAAAUGAAACGAAGACCAAAGACAGCUGGCCUCCAUGCUCUGAAGAACUCCCCCAGCUUCUCAAGUUAAACAGCACAGAGAAUGUUUCCAGUCCAUUAUUGGCUCCAAAAGAACCCCUGUCCAUACAUGACAUUUAUUCCCCUCCUCCCCAAGAGUCUCUCUUUAUGGUCUUGCCCGGUAAUUCCUUUCCAGCAGAAGAAGGACCAUCAGCCAUGCCUGGGCAACAUUUCCAAGGUGCUUCUGUUUCAGGAAGCUCUCCUCUUGUAAAUGAAGAGGCACAGAACAACGGGAGUUUGUUAGAGGCUACAACUAAUCUGGAGGCUGAGACUGCUGAGCUCAAAAUGUCCAGGCCAACUCAAGAAGUUGUAAUAGAUCGUGUCAACUCAACGCAACAGGAAAAAGUAGAGAACGUCACUCCUCUGGAAAGGAUAGAGGGAUUCUUUGAAGUCCAUGUUUCAACUUCUCAACCAAAGGUGAAGGACUUUGCAAAAAACCUGGAGUUUAAUGCAGAGAAAUCCUCUCUUAAAGUUGACAAUAAUUUAUCAGACCUGCAUAUGGUGCAUCUGGAUUCCAGGUUCCCUGAAGAAGCAUCACUGGAAGAGUUAGAUACCACUCCAAAAUGGAAUACUACAUCAUUGACACCAGAUGGGGCAGUAGGGUCAGAAAUGAUGUCAUCUGUGGAGGGAAGCACUUUUUUGAAUAUGAGUGGAGCAACAUCGCCAUCAGAUGACUUGCUGAGCAAGCUAGUUAUUAGCAAUAGGUCACUGGACAAUCAAAGCACUAAUUUGUCACCAGUCAACACCAGCCCUGGAGCCAAAGACCUUGCACUGCAAAGCAACAACCCAACCUCUCCUGCUUCGAACCAUUCCCCUUUCCACAAGGCUGCUCUCCAAGACAAUGUCCCAUUUAUAGCCAGAGAAGCAUUACAAACAGAAAAAACUCCCACAGUCUCACAAGUAGAGAAACCCUCCACAAUGAUGGGAAAUCAAGGGACUUUGUUACCUUUGAAAGAAGGCUUCCUUCUUGUCAACAACGUUACUCACACAGCCUCCCGGGACAGUAAGUCCCGGCCUCUGCAAAACAGUUUUCAGAGCCAUGAGACAGAGACUAUUGUGCAACUCGGAACAGACACAGUCACUAGGAACCCAGUUGUCCUGAAUGAAGAUAGUUCCCAGUUGGCACAGAAUGACGUGGCAGCAGAUUCAGACAGAUUAACUGACAACCCAAGAGUUACAAACAAAGCUGUAUAUACUAGUGAUAGUCUGGACAGUAAUGAUAUUUCCUCGGUGCAUCCCUUCCACGCUGCCCAAGACACUGACAGCUUAACACUUAAAGGAAGUUAUCUAAAAGCUGGCCAAGGCAAGGAACCGUCAGGGACACAGAAUGGAAUUUUGGCCAGAUUUGAUGUUGUACACGACGGGAAGAAUAUUCCAACGUCCCAUGGAAUAACGGAUAUAUCUGGAGAACAAAAUGUCAUCCAAGAUAAACCAAUUGAAGAUAUCACCACAAGGCUUCCCAAAGUUAGCUUCUCAAAAAAGGAGGAUUUUUUUCAUCGUGGGGGUUUGCCUCCACCCCAGCAAAUUAACUUGGGAAAUGAUACUAGCUCUAAAGAGCUUGUGAAGCUCAAGAUGAAAUUCAACUUGGAGAAGAGGUCCCUGAAAUUACGCCAAGCUACACCAGAAGAGACCCGUGGUGUUGCAGUAAAGGGGGGAAAGGAUUUGGGCAAAAUGGAAGGAGGGGAUCAAUCAGGGCUCAGGGCUUCUCUCUUCAAGCUAAGCAAUAAGUCCAAGGCUUCUGUCCCAAGGGCACCUUUGACACACGAGACUGCAGGAAAUCGUGGAGCAACCAGCCGUGGCAGGGCAGCAACAGCAUCAACUCCUUUAUCAAGCGUAAUCCAGUCCAGUCCAGUUCCAGAUUACCUGGGCAGCCUUGAUUCUCAAUCAGAAAUGGUCCAGCUGGUCACCCAAAACAGAAGUGCUCAGAGGGAAGGCCAAGGCAGAGCAUCUCAAAAAGUGAAGGAUAUAAGAAACGUUACUAUCCCUAGUUAUUCUGGAACAAAAGCAAGGGACAAUCAUGCAGCGGCCAAAGUAGGACUUACUCCCACCACCUUCGUGGCCGGACAGAGCACAAUUGCUAGCUCUUUCCCACAGAAGACCACCAGGCAGAUGAACGAGACUGGAGUUCCUGAAACACUAGAAGCUCCGGUUAUGAGGCACGUUGACCCAGGAACCCAUUCGCAGUGGCAGCUGAGGGAAACCAGCAUUGAUCAGAAACUGACAUUUGGGAAUGAAUCCUUGGAGGCUGCAUCAGAGAUGGAGGCAAAACAGGCCCUGGCAGGAAACGAUGUGUCUCCUAAAGAUGACCUAACCAUCAAUCGGACCCUUCAAGGAAAGCAGCAUCUGCAAACUGGCAAACAGGCAAUUAAUGGCAAAGGCAACCUUGCUCCCUCAGAAGGUAUAACACAAACAUUUAAAUGGAAAGAAAAGGAGGAAGUGGUGGGAACCCCGAUGCAGAAAUUCCUCAGGGGUGAAAGCAGGGUACCAGGUCCUAUCCAUGUUCAGGCCUCUGUGAAACCUUCUGGCCUCAACAAAUCAGAGACAGGCUCCUUGAGGCCUCUGAAGGAGACCUCCGAAUAUGAUGACUACGGUGUUGCUGUAGAGAAUCAGGAAUUUGAUAUCUAUGGAGAAUUCGAUCUUGAUCCUCGUACUUUUGCGGGGAAACUCCGACAAUAUUACAUUGCUGCCGAGGAGGUGAUGUGGGAUUAUGGGAGUCAGAUUUCCUCUCCAUAUUUAAGAGACAAGAGUCCAAAGAGCAGCUCAAAGAAGCCCUUCAGGCAGUACAAGAAAGUGGUUUUCCGAGAGUACCUAGACAGCUCUUUCACUCAGCCGCUGACCCGUGGAGAGUUAGAUGAGCAUUUGGGCAUCUUGGGGCCAUACAUUCGGGCACAGAUUGAUGAUGUUAUUAUGGUGACUUUUAAGAACUUGGCUUCCCGGCCUUACACUUUCCAUUCCAACCUGCUGCCUUAUGAGGGGAAAAGAGAAGAGAAACAGUUCCGCCCGGAAGAGGUGCAGCCUAACCAAGUCCGCGAGUACACCUUGAAAGUCCAGCAAGAGAUGGCUCCUACAGCUGAAGAAUUUGAAUGCAAGGCAUGGUUGUAUUUCUCCAGCAUUAACCUGGAGAAAGACUUGCAUUCGGGUCUUAUCGGGCCUCUGAUUAUUUGCCAGCCCGGAGUUCUCAGCACUGCACAUGGAAGGCAGCUGACCAUCCAGGAAUUCUCUCUACUCUUCACCAUCUUUGAUGAGACAAAGAGCUGGUAUUUUGCUGAAAAUCUAGAGAGGAAUUGUCCGUCCCCCUGUCACAUCCAAAUGGACGAUCCUGCCUUUAAAAAGAGCAAUUCUUUCUAUGCUAUCAACGGCUAUGUCAGAGACACGCUGCCAGGGCUGGUGAUGGGCCAGCACCAGAGGGUCAGGUGGCACCUAAUGAAUGUGGGUGGAGUUGAGGACAUCCACUCAGUCCACUUCCAUGGGCAGGUCUUCACUGUCAGAAUGGGCAAGGAAUACCGCCUGGGAGUCUACAACCUCUAUCCUGGUGCUUUUGCGACUGUGGAAAUGCACCCGUCCCACCCUGGGAUUUGGCGGGUGGAAUGUGAGGUUGGUGAGCACGAGCAGGCUGGAAUGAGCGCCCUCUUCCUGGUGUAUGACCAGAGGUGUCAGAUUCCUCUGGGCCUAGCAUCUGGGACCAUUGCUGACUCUCAGAUCACAGCCUCAGAUCACUAUGGUGAAUGGGUUCCCAGUCUGGCCAGAUUGGAUAGAUCAGGAUCAAUCAAUGCCUGGAGCACUGAGCGGGGUAAUUCCUGGAUCCAGGUGGACCUCCUACGCCCAAAGCUACUCCAUGGGAUAAAGACACAAGGAGCCCGGCAAAAGCUCUCUACCCUCUACAUCUCUCAGUUCAUCAUCUUCCACAGCCUGGAUGGGCAACAAUGGAAAAAAUACAAGGGCAAUGCCACCAGCUCCCAAAUGAUAUUCUUUGGGAACGUAGAUGCAGCCAGUGUGAAACACAACGUUUUUGACCCCCCAAUCAUAGCCCGCUAUAUCCGCCUUCACGCAACACAUUACAGCAUACGUGUUACAUUGCGCAUGGAGCUCAUCGGCUGUGACCUGAACAGUUGCUCUGUGCCGUUGGGAAUGGAAAGCAAAGCUAUCUCCAACCAGCAGCUCUCAGCGUCCUCCUACAUUGAUAGCAUUGUCUCCUCUUGGCCUCCCUUUCUGGCCCGACUUAACCUGCAGGGGAGGAAUAAUGCGUGGAGGCCUAAGGGAAAUAGCCCAAAGGAAUGGCUUCAGGUGAACUUCCAGAAGACCAUGCGAGUGACGGGAAUUGUGACUCAAGGGGCAAAGAGCGGCUUCACCCACAUGUAUGUGAAGGAGUUUUCUCUCUCAAGCAGCCAGGAUGGCAAGCACUGGGCUCCCGUUCUUCAAGAUGGGAAGGAGAAGAUUUUCCAGGGCAAUCAAGAUUACUUCAGCCCAGUCGUGAAUCUCCUGGAUCCCCCGCUCUUUGCCAGGUAUUUAAGAAUACACCCGCUCCGUUGGAAUAAACACAUUGCACUGAGGACAGAGUUUUUAGGCUGUGACACCCAGCAAAUGGUUUAGCAAAGAUGGACUUGCCUUUGCCUUGAUGGUGAAGUUUCUCAGGACCUGAAAUGCCCUCCAGUGGGGCCAACUGCAACAUUCGUAAAUUGCUGACACUCAACCAAAACCUGUAUAUUUUUGAUAACUGUUUGUGACUUUUGUGAAUUAAAAUGACCCAAAACAUGA